AACUCCUAAACCUUCUUCCAACAUACGAACCAAACGCCACCUUACUUGUAGAGUUGUAUAGUCCAUUUUCUUUCCAAGAAAAGAAGAAAAGAACCAAAAACAGAAAACCGACAAAAGCAUUAAGGGUACAAGCUGACAUUUGACAAAAAAAAAAAAAAACAUUAAGGGAAUCCGAGGAGCAAGGGGAGCUCGCUGCCGCCGUCACCAUUGCCGGAGUUGCUAUCUUCUUGCUAGGACCACCACUGCUUACAGAUCAUCAUGAAGAAAGUUCUGUACCACAACAAAAAGAAAGGCCGAGACCUGCUCCUCAAGGCAAAAAAAAUUCCCUUCCUUAUCGAACCCACCAAAAAAAAAAAAAGAAAGAGCAAAGACGUCGUCGUCCUCGUCUCACCGUCGAAAACAUGGACACUAAGAUCGGAGCAUUGGACACAUGUAAGCCACUUAGCAAUGACGUCUGUUGUCUCCCCACCAAUGGCGCCGUUACCAUCCACCAAUCUCCCAUUCCUUUCAACUCUGCUGACUCCACUCUCGGACGCAACCUUGCUCGCCGUCUCGUCCAGGUCGGCGUAAAUGAUGUCUUCUGCUUGAGACGACAAUAAUAUCGCCCGCUUAGUGGCGCUGGAUCCAAGCAGCCAUAACUUCAAAUUACCCAGUCGGAACAAUAGUUAGUCACUGGUCACUAGUAACCAGUCCAUUGUACUCGAGUGCCAGCUUCUCCCAGCAGCCAGCAAAACUUCUGCAAAAUGGUACAGAAAGCAUGGAGAAUCAUCCCAAGGCCACUACUGGAGACCAUCCUCAACAACCACGCUCAACAUCACCGUGUCCCACAACCCCUCAUUCUCCACGGUCCUCGCGGCGUUGGCAAAACCACCCUCAUCCUUGAACGUUUGCUGGAUGAUUGGAAUACUGGACCUCAUGUAACAGGGUAUGUGGACUUUGCAGAGAAUAUGAGAGAUCAGCACCCAAAGUAUGGCUGUUCAUUUCCAUGGGCAUCAUGGUCAAAUUGUCAGCCGCAGCCGGCACUUUUGUCUCUCAGAAAUCAGCUUGAAGAAAGCCUUGAGUCCAUGGUUAUAAGGGGUAUAAAGUUGGGUAAAAUUAGUUCGCAUCAAAUAUUUACUACUAUUAACAAAUGGCAUAAUCCCACUACAGCAAUUGAAAGGAUUUGUGGGUUGAAUGUCAUUAAUAGUUUAAGAAUUAACUCAAAAAGGGACGUCGUGAAAAGGGAUGAUUCUAAGAGGAGGAAAAGUAAGGUAUCUGCAGUUGCUGCUGCUAGUUCUUUGUCUAGUUUAUUGAAUUUGUGGGAUAGGGCUGUUUUUCAGCUAUCUGUUCGAUUAAAUGCCAAAGAGAGUUUUGGGGGGGAUGUGAGUUUGGUGGAGGAUUCGUAUUAUAGGGAAGCAAUGGCUGCAUUGGAGUUGGCUAAGGAGGUUAUAAAAGUGCAGCAAGGGUGGAGAGCUAAUGCUAUUAAGCAUUUAAAUGAGACAGGUGGCUUUUCAAGGCCUUUAGGCCAUUCAGCAACUGAUUGGCCUUGUUUAUUGCUUGAAUUAUUGUCUUCUGCUGCUGAAGUAGGUUACUUUCAGCCAAAGCUGGUGAUAAACAACAUUGAUGUCCUAAAGAAUGCAGUUUUGACAGAUGAUACUACUGUGAAUGCAUCCAUGUAUCAUGACAGCUUUAUAUGGAGGACUAUAGCUCUGUGUGUGAAUGAGAGAUGUCUUCCUGUGAUUCUUGUGACGUCAGAUAGCUACUACUCUUCCCAAGCUUUUAUUGAUUAUGGAUUUCCAGAUAUUUUCAUCUCUCGUGAGACAUUUGGGUGGACUCCAGCCGAAGCCAAUAUGCACAUGGUUAACGAUUACUUUACUCAAGCUGAGUGGAAUUUAAUUGUUGAGACCCUAGGGCCAAGUCCACGGCACCUUUUUGAGGUUUAUGCACUCAAGCUUAGUAACUAUUACAAUAAGGUCAUGGAUGAGAAAGGUAGUACCUUUGAAGACAUUGUGGAUGCAUACUUGGCAUAUCUGCAAUUAACUGUAGUUGAUCCUGCGAUGGAAAAAGCACUUCUGCACUUGCAAAAGUUCGCAUUGGAUGCACAAAGUGGAAAGGUUUCAAAAGACAGAUUGCGGUUUGGUGCUCCCUGGAGACAUCCUCCACAUACAGACGAUCCUUCCAUAUGCCACCAGUGGGCUAAGAUUCAACUGCUGGACUUUGUUCAGUCUCUAGUCAACACAGAAUUUGGGGUUAACUAUCUAGCCGACUGUAGUCUGGAGAUCUUGGAUGAUCCUUCAGCUGUUGCCUUGUUAGAGGUUGGUUUGCUUUAUGCCCAACGUGACCCUUCAUUCAUUCGCCCCAUAACACGUGGUAUCCAGAGAUGCCUUGCGAGAUGGCUUGUUCAGCAGCGGCUGCAAAUGAAUUUUAAGCAAUCUGUUGAGUUCCUUUGGCAAAGAAGUGUAAGGGGACGCAGUUAUCGCCAUUUGAUGUUGCAAAUACGGUAAAACAUGGAUAUGACAGGCCCUGUUCAAGCUAUGUUAACACAGACUCUCCUCCCAAUCCCAGAGCACCUGUUUCAACAUGACACAACUCAGGUGCCGGAUAAAUGUCUGAAAUGGUCAGACUCCGUUGGGUGCAUUAAAUAAUGUUUGAGGCUUAUGGCUGCAUCAACUGCUAUUCACCACUGUUGUUGAUGUUGGAGGGGAAGAACUAAUCUACAGUUUGUUGAGAUUGGAAGAGGAUGGAGGACCAAUUGAACUAAAAGUGAUGUGCUAGCAUGGAUUCUACUAUUAAAUCUGUCUACUGAUGGGAAUAUGGCAUCUGUGGUGAUGAAAUUGAUUGCACGAUGCCUCACUAGGGGGUUUUGGAGGGUUCAAUUCAUGUAAUCAAUGAGUUCAUCAAUGAGACAUGAUGAGAUGCUACCCGGAAAGAGGGGAAGAUGAAGAUUUUUUUUUUUUUUUGGGGGACAAGAUGCAGAGGAUAAUUUAAAAUUGAGGAAUAUUAAUAGCUCAACCUUAGAGUAGCAGUUGGACUUGAUGUACUAGAUGGGGCAAUCCAUGGAGAAGAGUACAAGGUUUUGCAGAGUAGCCUGCUGGUGAAUCAUUGGAUACGCAAAAUACAUACAUUUUUCUUUCUAGUUGCCAUUGGAUUAUUAUCAGAAUCCUUGUCAAUUCUAGGUUACUAGCGGAAUUCCCAUCUCAUCCUGUAGAAGAAUUUAUCCAAUGGCAUAUGAGAAAGAUCUUCCAGGUAUAGCUGCCUCUGCAGGUGCAAGUGAAUAUUUGUAGAAAUACAGAUAUGAAGCCGAAGAGGCAAAUGAUUGUAGAAAUUGCAGACGGCUUUCCAA